AUGAAGCAAUUUGGCUCAUUAUCUCGACGGUGCGCGAAAUCUCUUUAUUGCCUAUGUCUCAGCCUUUCGAACGACGAACCUGAGUUCGCGCCUUCCGACGUUCUACGCCGUGUCCCUUCGCACAUCGCUUUGCUCUGCGAUUACUAUGUUCAUCCCGGCGAACCUUGGCGUGAAAGCAUCCCAUCCCUUUGCAUUCCUGAUAAACCCUAUGUCUCCAUCGAUGUGACUAUCAAUGGGUCUCUGAGCUUGAAAGUACCGAGUCGAGUCGCAAACAUUGUCGCCGACCUUUUCUAUGAUGUUGUCCGAGUCUGCAACGACAUGGUAUGGAGAGAGUGGAUAAUGACAGGCAGCUACCAGAACACUCUGGCGUACAAAUGGCUCGUCUCUCAACUUCGCAGAGCGAAGGAGAUGCGAGAAGACAGCGCGGUCCAGUAG